ACCUAUGCCCGGUCCUAAACGACCUCUUUAAUUUCUAAUUGAUUUUAUAUCUUAAAGGAUCUAUGUUAAAAACCGUAGUCAAUCAUUAAAAUUACUUUCAUAUUUGAUCUAUGUAUUUCGAUAUUGUCGGACGAGAUACAAUCUUAUAUUUCGUUAGACAAAAAUUCGUUGAGUAGUGAUGAGAGCAUUAUUUGUAUGUCUAGGAACUUGAUAUAGGUCCCAAUUCUUUGAUUGGAAAGAAUACUUCAAGGAAUGAAGAUGAGCCAAAUGAAAUUUUUGUCUCGGCAAACGACAUUUCAGUAUCCAGAGAACCUACUUCUAAUACAAUGAAGAAGUUGCCAGCUUCUAAUCAAGAAAAACUAUUCGCUUCUGCUACUACGUCAUACCAUGGACUUGAUAAAUAUUUAUUGAAAGAUGAUGUUAAUCGAGCCGAGAUUAUUUGGUGUCUUUUUACUGUAAGGAAUCAUUUAUCUAUCUCUUCUGCUGGCAAGGCAGUGCAGAUUUUUUCCAAAAUGUUUCCGGACAGCAAAAUUGUAUCAGCCAUGGAGCUUGGUCGUACUAAGAUAUCAUAUAUGAUUGUUUAUGGUUUAGCAAUAUAUUUGAGAAGCUAAAGCAAAGAAUCAAUCACUGUGAUUGUUUUGUAGUUUAUUUUGAUGAGAGCUUAAAUAAAUAUUCUCAGAAGCAGCAAAUGGAUAUAGCAAUUCGCUUUUGGUGUACAAAUAAAAAUGGAGGUAGCUACUCAUUAUUAUAGUUCUGCAUUUUUAGGACAUGCUACCUCUCACGAUUUAAUUCAAGCUUUCAAAGCAGAACUAAAAGAUUUAAAUUUGAAAAAAUUACUUCAAAUUUCAAUGGAUGGUCCAAAUGUUAAUAUCAAAUUCUUUAAAGAUCUACAGAUAGAUUUAUUUCAAUCUCAUGAUGAAGAUGAUCCUGUUGUGUUAUUUAUGGGAACUUGUGGUUUGCAUGUUAUUAACAAUGCUUUCAAAACUUCUUUUUAUGCUGUAAAAUGGAAUGUAGUAACAUUUCUAAGAGCACUUUAUAAUUUGUUUAAAGAUAGUCCUGCUCGGAAAAGUGAUUUCUUAUAAUAUUCAGGUAGUUCAUUGAUGCCUUUAAAAUUUUGUCCAGUAAGAUGGUUAAAUAAUUCAAAAGUUACAGAAAGAGCACUAGAAAUGCUGCCAUAUUUAAGGAAAUACAAGGAAAGUUUGGAAAGAGACAAAAAAGAAAUCCUUUCUUACAGUUACAAAGUUGUUGUAGAAGGAUUGAAUGAUAAAUGCAUGCCAGUUAGGUUGGCUUUUUUCUGUUAUGUGUCAAAACUAAUUGAACCAUUUUUGGAGAAAUAUCAAAAUGAUGCACCAUUAGCUCCGUAUUUGUAUACUGAUCUUACUUGUUUGCUUGUUGACUUAAUUAAUAUCUUUGUAAAAAAGGAAGUCUUAGAAAAAGAAACAAGUAUAGAUCGAAUAAAUCUUAAUAACAAUGCAAACAUUAUUUUGCCUAAGAAUUUAAAAUUAGGGUUUGUUGUAAGAUCUGAAUUUAAGAAACAGAAAGAAAUUAAAGAAUUUGAAAUAAAAUCUUUUAAAGAUGAUUGUGUUAUUAUACUUAAGUUAAUUUGUCAAAAAAUUAUAGCUAAGUCACCUAUUAAGUAUAAGUUGUGCAAAGGUAUAACUUUUUGUGAUCCACAACUUUUGUCCUACUCAUUAAGUCAAGCGUUACGAAGGUUAGAAAUUGUUUUGGAGAUAUUUCAAGAAAAAAAAUGGUUAAGCUAUACCGAGUGUGAUGAGCUUUUAAAAGAAUUUAAAGACUUCUGCUCAAAACAUGGAGUGCUAGAAUGCUUUAAACAGUUUGACAGAUUGAGUCAAAAAUUAGAUAAUUUUUG